GCUCCCUUCUUGUGAGCUGUACCUUUUCCCAUUAUUCUCUCUAUUUCUCUCUGUGUCUGUACUACUGUGGUGUAUUUGUAAGCUGGACACUUUGUUCUUUUCCAACAAAUAAGAAGAUACAUCAAGUAUAACGUGGACACGUGAGCCGAGGACGUGUGGAUCAAAAGUGAACACAGGGAUGAGGCGAUAAAAUGGUAUAGACGAGUUGUGCACGAGGUGUCGGUGAGGGCAACGGUGGAGACUAAAGCUACCGGGGGAGGGGACUAGGGUAUAUCGCACUCGCAAGCGCGCGCGCGCUACAACAACGGACUGCAGCAGCUGUGCAGCGAUUGUGGCGAGGGUUAAGCCAUAAUAAGCAGUUGUAUGGCUAGUGCAAGUGUGUACUGCAUGUGAGGAUGAGAUCAUGUGUGAAGAUUUUGCGAGUGGAGAAGGGGUUAAAGAAAAAAAAGGGAAUAAAGAAGUUUCAGUAGUUCAACUCAACCGAUAGUCAUCCAGCAGCAGCAACAACAGCACAAAAGACCACCAGCAGACCGGGACGAUGUGGAGCUCGGUGACGGCCGCUGGUUUCGAGAACGGUCCAGCGCCUCCCUCGCGGAGCAAGCACAGUGCAACUUUGCUGGCUGGACACGUGUACCUGCUUGGGGGUAGGAAUGGCAAUCUGCCGCUCAAGGACCUCUGGCGAUACAGUCUUGCCGAUAGCAGAUGGGAGGAGCUGCAUCCCUCGGGAGAGCGGCCACCGGCCCUGCAGGAGCACAGCGCUGUCGCUUACAAGGACUGCCUGUACGUGUUUGGUGGCGAACUUGGCUUCUCGGCUGGCACCGAGACCCCGCUCUGGUGCUACUCCGUCAAGUCUAACUCGUGGCGAAAGAUCCGGGCGCAGAAGGGCUGCGCCGUCCCGAGGGGCAGGAGAGGACACACGGCCCUCGUCCACCGUGGACAGAUGCUUAUUUACGGCGGCUACCAGGACCUCAGGGGCAGCUCCUCCGAACUUUGGGCUUUCCACUUUGAAACGGAAUCAUGGCACCUGUUGUCAUGCGAAUCGGGCCCCCCAGCCCGGCACAAGCACUCGGCAGUGCUACACGACGACGGCAUGUACGUGUACGGCGGUAUGACGGACCUGCAGGAGCGCAGCGAUUGCUGGCGCUGGGACAUCAAGGCAGCCUCCUGGUGUCUCCUAAAGAGCAAACCAGGCCCCGGUCCUUUGCACGGCCACGCCGCCUGCCGCCUGCCCAGCUGUAUGCUCAUUUUCGGUGGCGAGAGCGGCGGACUGGCCACCAACGAGCUCUGGAGGUUCCAUUUCGGUCAGUAUGACCUUGUCCAUCACCCAUGA